AUGAUGUUGGCGGCAAGCCACUACUGCGGCUCCAUCGGGCUGGAGCACAGCGACGGCGUGCGAGAGCCUUCGGUGGAUGAGGACAGACUGGUGGGGACGGUUGGGGAGGACGACGGGCGUGAUCUCGCGCUAUUGCAGCGCUGCCGUGGUAGUAUCGUGGCGUCAUUGCUCGUAUCUACGGCCAGCGUGUCGGCUCUGGUCGCCACGUCGAGGAGUAGCGUGGAGAGGGUCGAGGUGCGUGUUAUCGGGCGGCGGUGUGGCCGCGUCGACUGGCAAUGUGAUUCUGUACGUGCCGGCGUUGCCGACAACCGACCGACAAAGUACUGCGGCUCCAUCGGGCUGGAGCACAGCGACGGCGUGCGAGAGCCUUCGGUGGAUGAGGACAGACUGGUGGGGACGGUUGGGGAGGACGACGGGCGUGAUCUCGCGCUAUUGCAGCGCUGCCGUGGUAGUAUCGUGGCGUCAUUGCUCGUAUCUACGGCCAGCGUGUCGGCUCUGGUCGCCACGUCGAGGAGUAGCGUGGAGAGGGUCGAGGUGCGUGUUAUCGGGCGGCGGUGUGGCCGCGUCGACUGGCAAUGCCAUUCUGUACGUGCCGGCGUUGCCGACAACCGACCGACAAAGUACUGCGGCUCCAUCGGGCUGGAGCACAGCGACGGCGUGCGAGAGCCUUCGGUGGAUGAGGACAGACUGGUGGGGACGGUUGGGGAGGACGACGGGCGUGAUCUCGCGCUAUUGCAGCGCUGCCGUGGUAGUAUCGUGGCGUCAUUGCUCGUAUCUACGGCCAGCGUGUCGGCUCUGGUCGCCACGUCGAGGAGUAGCGUGGAGAGGGUCGAGGUGCGUGUUAUCGGGCGGCGGUGUGGCCGCGUCGACUGGCAAUGUGAUUCUGUACGUGCCGGCGUUGCCGACAACCGACCGACAAAGUACUGCGGCUCCAUCGGGCUGGAGCACAGCGACGGCGUGCGAGAGCCUUCGGUGGAUGAGGACAGACUGGUGGGGACGGUUGGGGAGGACGACGGGCGUGAUCUCGCGCUAUUGCAGCGCUGCCGUGGUAGUAUCGUGGCGUCAUUGCUCGUAUCUACGGUCAGCGUGUCGGCUCUGGUCGCCACGUCGAGGAGUAGCGUGGAGAGGGUCGAGGUGCGUGUUAUCGGGCGGCGGUGUGGCCGCGUCGAGUGGAAAUGCCAUUCUGUACGUGCCGGCGUUGCCGACAACCGACCGACAAAGUACUGCGGCUCCAUCGGGCUGGAGCACAGCGACGGCGUGCGAGAGCCUUCGGUGGAUGAGGACAGACUGGUGGGGACGGUUGGGGAGGACGACGGGCGUGAUCUCGCGCUAUUGCAGCGCUGCCGUGGUAGUAUCGUGGCGUCAUUGCUCGUAUCUACAGCCAGCGUGUCGGCUCUGGUCGCCACGUCGAGGAGUAGCGUGGAGAGGGUCGAGGUGCGUGUUAUCGGGCGGCGGUGUGGCCGCGUCGAGUGGAAAUGCCAUUCUGUACGUGCGGGCGUUGCCGACAACCGACCGACAAAGUACUGCGGCUCCAUCGGGCUGGAGCACAGCGACGGCGUGCGAGAGCCUUCGGUGGAUGAGGACAGACUGGUGGGGACGGUUGGGGAGGACGACGGGCGUGAUCUCGCGCUAUUGCAGCGCUGCCGUGGUAGUAUCGUGGCGUCAUUGCUCGUAUCUACGGCCAGCGUGUCGGCUCUGGUCGCCACGUCGAGGAGUAGCGUGGAGAGGGUCGAGGUGCGUGUUAUCGGGCGGCGGUGUGGCCGCGUCGACUGGCAAUGUGAUUCUGUACGUGCCGGCGUUGCCGACAACCGACCGACAAAGUACUGCGGCUCCAUCGGGCUGGAGCACAGCGACGGCGUGCGAGAGCCUUCGGUGGAUGAGGACAGACUGGUGGGGACGGUUGGGGAGGACGACGGGCGUGAUCUCGCGCUAUUGCAGCGCUGCCGUGGUAGUAUCGUGGCGUCAUUGCUCGUAUCUACGGCCAGCGUGUCGGCUCUGGUCGCCACGUCGAGGAGUAGCGUGGAGAGGGUCGAGGUGCGUGUUAUCGGGCGGCGGUGUGGCCGCGUCGACUGGCAAUGUGAUUCUGUACGUGCCGGCGUUGCCGACAACCGACCGACAAAGUACUGCGGCUCCAUCGGGCUGGAGCACAGCGACGGCGUGCGAGAGCCUUCGGUGGAUGAGGACAGACUGGUGGGGACGGUUGGGGAGGACGACGGGCGUGAUCUCGCGCUAUUGCAGCGCUGCCGUGGUAGUAUCGUGGCGUCAUUGCUCGUAUCUACGGCCAGCGUGUCGGCUCUGGUCGCCACGUCGAGGAGUAGCGUGGAGAGGGUCGAGGUGCGUGUUAUCGGGCGGCGGUGUGGCCGCGUCGACUGGCAAUGUGAUUCUGUACGUGCCGGCGUUGCCGACAACCGACCGACAAAGUACUGCGGCUCCAUCGGGCUGGAGCACAGCGACGGCGUGCGAGAGCCAUCGGUGGAUGAGGACAGACUGGUGGGGACGGUUGGGGUGGACGACGGGCGUGAUCUCGCGCUAUUGCAGCGCUGCCGUGGUAGUAUCGUGGCGUCAUUGCUCGUAUCUACGGCCAGCGUGUCGGCUCUGGUCGCCACGUCGAGGAGUAGCGUGGAGAGGGUCGAGGUGCGUGUUAUCGGGCGGCGGUGUGGCCGCGUCGACUGGCAAUGUGAUUCUGUACGUGCCGGCGUUGCCGACAACCGACCGACAAAGUACUGCGGCUCCAUCGGGCUGGAGCACAGCGACGGCGUGCGAGAGCCAUCGGUGGAUGAGGACAGACUGGUGGGGACGGUUGGGGUGGACGACGGGCGUGAUCUCGCGCUAUUGCAGCGCUGCCGUGGUAGUAUCGUGGCGUCAUUGCUCGUAUCUACGGCCAGCGUGUCGGCUCUGGUCGCCACGUCGAGGAGUAGCGUGGAGAGGGUCGAGGUGCGUGUUAUCGGGCGGCGGUGUGGCCGCGUCGACUGGCAAUGUGAUUCUGUACGUGCCGGCGUUGCCGACAACCGACCGACAAAGUACUGCGGCUCCAUCGGGCUGGAGCACAGCGACGGCGUGCGAGAGCCAUCGGUGGAUGAGGACAGACUGGUGGGGACGGUUGGGGAGGACGACGGGCGUGAUCUCGCGCUAUUGCAGCGCUGCCGUGGUAGUAUCGUGGCGUCAUUGCUCGUAUCUACGGCCAGCGUGUCGGCUCUGGUCGCCACGUCGAGGAGUAGCGUGGAGAGGGUCGAGGUGCGUGUUAUCGGGCGGCGGUGUGGCCGAGUCGACUGGCAAUGUGAUUCUGUACGUGCCGGCGUUGCCGACAACCGACCGACAAAGUACUGCGGCUCCAUCGGGCUGGAGCACAGCGACGGCGUGCGAGAGCCUUCGGUGGAUGAGGACAGACUGGUGGGGACGGUUGGGGUGGACGACGGGCGUGAUCUCGCGCUAUUGCAGCGCUGCCGUGGUAGUAUCGUGGCGUCAUUGCUCGUGUCUACGGCCAGCGUGUCGGCUCUGGUCGCCACGUCGAGGAGUAGCGUGGAGAGGGUCGAGGUGCGUGUUAUCGGGCGGCGGUGUGGCCGAGUCGACUGGCAAUGUGAUUCUGUACGUGCCGGCGUUGCCGACAACCGACCGACAAAGUACUGCGGCUCCAUCGGGCUGGAGCACAGCGACGGCGUGCGAGAGCCUUCGGUGGAUGAGGACAGACUGGUGGGGACGGUUGGGGAGGACGACGGGCGUGAUCUCGCGCUAUUGCAGCGCUGCCGUGGUAGUAUCGUGGCGUCAUUGCUCGUAUCUACGGCCAGCGUGUCGGCUCUGGUCGCCACGUCGAGGAGUAGCGUGGAGAGGGUCGAGGUGCGUGUUAUCGGGCGGCGGUGUGGCCGCGUCGACUGGCAAUGUGAUUCUGUACGUGCCGGCGUUGCCGACAACCGACCGACAAAGUACUGCGGCUCCAUCGGGCUGGAGCACAGCGACGGCGUGCGAGAGCCUUCGGUGGAUGAGGACAGACUGGUGGGGACGGUUGGGGAGGACGACGGGCGUGAUCUCGCGCCAUUGCAGCGCUGCCGUGGUAGUAUCGUGGCGUCAUUGCUCGUAUCUACGGCCAGCGUGUCGGCUCUGGUCGCCACGUCGAGGAGUAGCGUGGAGAGGGUCGAGGUGCGUGUUAUCGGGCGGCGGUGUGGCCGCGUCGAGUGGAAAUGCCAUUCUGUACGUGCCGGCGUUGCCGACAACCGACCGACAAAGUACUGCGGCUCCAUCGGGCUGGAGCACAGCGACGGCGUGCGAGAGCCUUCGGUGGAUGAGGACAGACUGGUGGGGACGGUUGGGGAGGACGACGGGCGUGAUCUCGCGCUAUUGCAGCGCUGCCGUGGUAGUAUCGUGGCGUCAUUGCUCGUAUCUACGGCCAGCGUGUCGGCUCUGGUCGCCACGUCGAGGAGUAGCGUGGAGAGGGUCGAGGUGCGUGUUAUCGGGCGGCGGUGUGGCCGCGUCGAGUGGAAAUGCCAUUCUGUACGUGCCGGCGUUGCCGACAACCGACCGACAAAGUACUGCGGCUCCAUCGGGCUGGAGCACAGCGACGGCGUGCGAGAGCCUUCGGUGGAUGAGGACAGACUGGUGGGGACGGUUGGGGAGGACGACGGGCGUGAUCUCGCGCUAUUGCAGCGCUGCCGUGGUAGUAUCGUGGCGUCAUUGCUCGUAUCUACGGCCAGCGUGUCGGCUCUGGUCGCCACGUCGAGGAGUAGCGUGGAGAGGGUCGAGGUGCGUGUUAUCGGGCGGCGGUGUGGCCGCGUCGAGUGGAAAUGCCAUUCUGUACGUGCCGGCGUUGCCGACAACCGACCGACAAAGUACUGCGGCUCCAUCGGGCUGGAGCACAGCGACGGCGUGCGAGAGCCUUCGGUGGAUGAGGACAGACUGGUGGGGACGGUUGGGGAGGACGACGGGCGUGAUCUCGCGCUAUUGCAGCGCUGCCGUGGUAGUAUCGUGGCGUCAUUGCUCGUAUCUACGGCCAGCGUGUCGGCUCUGGUCGCCACGUCGAGGAGUAGCGUGGAGAGGGUCGAGGUGCGUGUUAUCGGGCGGCGGUGUGGCCGCGUCGAGUGGAAAUGCCAUUCUGUACGUGCGGGCGUUGCCGACAACCGACCGACAAAGUACUGCGGCUCCAUCGGGCUGGAGCACAGCGACGGCGUGCGAGAGCCUUCGGUGGAUGAGGACAGACUGGUGGGGACGGUUGGGGAGGACGACGGGCGUGAUCUCGCGCUAUUGCAGCGCUGCCGUGGUAGUAUCGUGGCGUCAUUGCUCGUAUCUACGGCCAGCGUGUCGGCUCUGGUCGCCACGUCGAGGAGUAGCGUGGAGAGGGUCGAGGUGCGUGUUAUCGGGCGGCGGUGUGGCCGCGUCGAGUGGAAAUGCCAUUCUGUACGUGCCGGCGUUGCCGACAACCGACCGACAAAGUACUGCGGCUCCAUCGGGCUGGAGCACAGCGACGGCGUGCGAGAGCCUUCGGUGGAUGAGGACAGACUGGUGGGGACGGUUGGGGAGGACGACGGGCGUGAUCUCGCGCUAUUGCAGCGCUGCCGUGGUAGUAUCGUGGCGUCAUUGCUCGUAUCUACGGCCAGCGUGUCGGCUCUGGUCGCCACGUCGAGGAGUAGCGUGGAGAGGGUCGAGGUGCGUGUUAUCGGGCGGCGGUGUGGCCGCGUCGACUGGCAAUGUGAUUCUGUACGUGCCGGCGUUGCCGACAACCGACCGACAAAGUACUGCGGCUCCAUCGGGCUGGAGCACAGCGACGGCGUGCGAGAGCCUUCGGUGGAUGAGGACAGACUGGUGGGGACGGUUGGGGAGGACGACGGGCGUGAUCUCGCGCCAUUGCAGCGCUGCCGUGGUAGUAUCGUGGCGUCAUUGCUCGUAUCUACGGCCAGCGUGUCGGCUCUGGUCGCCACGUCGAGGAGUAGCGUGGAGAGGGUCGAGGUGCGUGUUAUCGGGCGGCGGUGUGGCCGCGUCGAGUGGAAAUGCCAUUCUGUACGUGCCGGCGUUGCCGACAACCGACCGACAAAGUACUGCGGCUCCAUCGGGCUGGAGCACAGCGACGGCGUGCGAGAGCCUUCGGUGGAUGAGGACAGACUGGUGGGGACGGUUGGGGAGGACGACGGGCGUGAUCUCGCGCUAUUGCAGCGCUGCCGUGGUAGUAUCGUGGCGUCAUUGCUCGUAUCUACGGCCAGCGUGUCGGCUCUGGUCGCCACGUCGAGGAGUAGCGUGGAGAGGGUCGAGGUGCGUGUUAUCGGGCGGCGGUGUGGCCGCGUCGAGUGGAAAUGCCAUUCUGUACGUGCCGGCGUUGCCGACAACCGACCGACAAAGUACUGCGGCUCCAUCGGGCUGGAGCACAGCGACGGCGUGCGAGAGCCUUCGGUGGAUGAGGACAGACUGGUGGGGACGGUUGGGGAGGACGACGGGCGUGAUCUCGCGCUAUUGCAGCGCUGCCGUGGUAGUAUCGUGGCGUCAUUGCUCGUAUCUACGGCCAGCGUGUCGGCUCUGGUCGUGUUGUCAACGCCCGGCUGGGAACUAUCGUGGCUCGAUUGGCUCUAUGACGACAUGCCGUGUGAGAGCCCUAGAGAGGGACGGGCUAACCAGGUAGCCGAGCUGUCGCGCCAUGGGUACUGCGAGAUAUCACCGGCCUUGGCGAUGGACUCCACCACGUUCGACCAAAAGCACAUGCGAGAUCGGCUCACCGCAGGCAUCAGCGCAGUACCAAGCAGCAGCGUCAGCAACAGCAGGGCUUUCACCCCCAGCAUGGACAAUGCUUGCCGCGUCCCCGCUGCAGACUCCGCAUCCAUCUCUGUCCGCCCCGACGCCCCCGCCAAGAGUUCCGUUGCGAUCGCCACAAUCACCAGCUUCUCGUCUGGUCCAGCGAGGGAUACCAGUUCCCUGGGAGCUCCAUGCUCGGCGAAGUCCGGCAAUCAAGAGAUCGGCGCGGUCAGCGCUGCGACGACCAGCCCGAUCAGUGACGACGGUUUCGCUAGCGACGAAGACUACACGUAUGACGAAGGCGAAGAGAAAGAGGAAGAAGGAGGUGUGCAUGGCGUUAGUGUUCCUAAUCCGGCGAGAGCUCCUAGUCCGGAGAGAGCUCGUCGGACGACGAGUGCUCCUGGCUUGGCGAUAGCUCCCGGUCCACCGAAAGCGGGUAGUCCUCCUGGAGCUCCUAGUCCGCCGAGAGCAGCUAGUGCCCCGACAGCCUCUAGUCCUCCGCCCGGCUCACCAGGAGAGACGGCUGACGCUGAGUCCGAGACUGACGAGGACCCGCCGCAAGUUGAUGAAGUACCGCCUGAGGAGAGGGCGUAUCCCUACGUGCGCGUAGUUGGUACUGAGCGAAUGGCGGAUGGAGAGAUCCGAGCGUGGGUGGAAUGGGAGGACACGCUCGAACUUUUUUCCGCCUUGUACCCUGCGGAUGCACGCGCCCUUGCAAGGUACCUGCGCUGA